UUAUUUUACUGUUUGCUUCGCGAUGAGAGGAAUAAGACAUAGAUCACCCCAAAAAUAUGUGAUGUGGUUAAGGAUUUGAGAUUUGGAUUUCCUCAGAAAAAAAGAAUGAAGCACUUUAUUCAGCAGAGAUCAUAAACAUGAAACUGCAAACUUGAAUAAUAACCAGCGGCAGCAGUUUAAAAGUAGCCCAAAGUCUCUCGGAUUGACAUCCACACGUCACGCGAUAUGAUCUCGGGCACAAUUUGGAAUCACAAACUUGGCUGCAUUUGAGUCUUCAAAGCAUUUGAAGACACACUAUCAUAAAAUUUAUAUAAUAUUAUAUAGAUGGCAUUUUUUAAAGUGGAGAGUGAAGACAUGAAGAUUGAAGAAACAUUCAGAGUCAAUUAUGAAGAUAAUGAGGAACAAACACGGAUGGUGUUUAUUAAAGAUGAGAGUGAAGAAACGAAGGUUGAAGAAACAUUCAGAGUCAAACACGAAGAAGAUACUGAAGAACAAACAGACCUGAUGACACUGAAAGCGGAGAGUCAAGAACUCGGUGAAAAGGAAGACAAUGUUCAGCAUGAGAAAUAUGAUUUCAUGACUGGAGAAAAAUCAUUUAGUUGCUCACCUACUGAAAAGACUUCACAAAAAAGAGCUCAAAAGACAGUAGACAGAAGUUAUUUCACCUGCCAACAGUGUGGGAAAAGAUUCACUAGAAAAUAUCGUCUUGAAGUCCACAUGAGAGUUCACACUGGAGAAAAGCCUUUCACCUGCCAACAAUGUGGAAAGAGUUUCAUUAAUAAUCCAAACCUUAAAAAACACAUGAGAAUUCAUACUGGAGAGAAACCUUUCACCUGCCAACAGUGUGGAAAGAGUUUCAGUAAUAAAACAACCCUUAAAAACCACACAAGAAUUCAUACUGGAGAGAAACCUUACACAUGUUCUCAAUGUGGAAAAAGUUUUACAUAUAAACAUUGCCUCGAUGACCACAAGAUAAUUCAUACUGGAGAGAAACCCUUCACCUGCAAACUGUGUGGAAAGAGUUACACUCACAAAAGAAACCUUAGAGACCACAUAAGAACUCAUACUGGAGAGAGACCUUACACAUGCUCUCAGUGCGGAAAAAGUUUUAAUCUUAAAAAACACCUCGAUGACCACAAGAUCAUUCAUACUGGCGAGAAACCUUUCACCUGCCAACAGUGUGGGAAGCGUUUCACUCACAAAGGAAACCUUAGAGACCAUAUGAGAGUUCAUACUGGAGUGAAGCCUGUCGCUUGCAAACUGUGUGGAAAAAACUUUAUUCGAAAACCAAACCUUAAAUACCACAUGAAAAUUCACUCUGGAGAGAAGCCUUACACAUGCCAACAAUGUGGGAAGAAUUUUACACAAAAACAACACCUUGUUGGCCACAUGAAAACUCAUACUGGAGAGAAACCUUUUACCUGCCAACAAUGUGGAAAGAGUUUCAUUCAAAAUGGAAACCUUAACAGACACAUGAAGAUUCAUACUGGAGACAAGCCAUGAUUUUUGAAAGCAAAGAAGCUCUUUGACGUGUACAGUCACACUAGAGUGAUUAUUGUUCAGUUUGUCCUGUGAUUAACUGCUAAAUUCGGAUAUGCUUUCGUGUUUGGCUGGUUUGGAGCCAGAGAUGGAUGUGUUCAGUGCUUGUCAUAUCCCUUAUGAAAAUUAACCAUGCUUUUACAAUAGUAAAACUGUAAUAACCAUGACUGUACUAACCACAAUUUUACUAAAGUUGGUUGAAUUACAUUUAACAGAAGUUGUGUAAUGAACUUCUUCCAAAUAAAAAGGCAACACUUUAUUUUAAGGGUCCAGAAUUAAUGCAUUAGCUAAGCACUAUUAAAGAAUUAAUUGAGCAUACAUAAACUUGUAAUUGUUUACUUAUUCACAAUUAUGUAUCAGUUAAGCAUGUACCACUGAUUACCUGAUGGUGGUGUAGCCGUAUAUGUAUCAUUUUUAGUAGGGGUCUUUCGGUUCGGUACGCAUGUGUACCGAACAAAUUAUUCCCUUUUUUUCUUCAGAAAAUUUAGAUAAUAAAUGUUGUUUUGGCACUCAUUGAGGCAUUACAGAUCGCUGUAUAAAUGCCUCAGUUCUGACAACAGCGAGUUAGCAUGAUCUUCCCUUCUUCUCUUUACUCCAUUUUAAGGUGAAUGAACCAUUCACAUCCCAUGCCACAUGUAAUUGCACGAUCAGUGUUUCAUUCACAGAAAGAUGCAAUUAAAACUGUUUGUAUAUAAAA